AUGGGGAUAGAAGAAAGUGCUGAGAAUUUGACUACAACUCAAAGUGUCAAACUAAGUAAUGCAUGGCUGGAUCUUCUCAAAAGUGUGUUUCUGAGCACUCCUCGGGACCUCCCUGAAAUCAUCCUGAUACUGUCUUUGAUUUGUACUAUUGGAGCAUUUUUGAACAUGCAUCUGAAAGAUUUCCCAAUUCCUCUUCCUGUGAUACUAUUUUUAAUUGGAUGCUGUUUUGAAAUUCUGAGCUUUGCAUCUACCCAGAUCCAGGUAUAUGCAGACGCCAUACAGUGGAUGGAUCCAGACAUGUUUUUUGGAAUAUUUACGCCGGUGAUUAUCUUUAACGUUGCAUUUGACAUGGAUAUAUACAUGCUUCAAAAGUUAUUGUGGCAGAUACUCUUAAUUACAAUUCCUGGAUUUGUGAUUAAUUACACCUUAAUUCUUUGGUAUCUGCAAUCUGUGAAUAAAUUAUCUCUGAAGACUGUCCCCUGGUUGCUCUUUUCAGCUGUUCUUGUAAGUUCAGAUCCUAUGCUGACUUCAGCCUCCAUAAGAGACCUGGGUCUUUCUAGAAGCCUCACAAAUUUAAUUAAUGGAGAGAGUCUGCUGACCUCAGUUAUAUCCUUAAUUAUAUACAGUGGUGUUGUGCACGUCAGCUUCAAGUCAAAGCAGGAGAACCAUACUCUAGCCCAUAAUUUACUAACUACAACUUGGUCGUAUCUUAUUGAAAGCUUCAUGGUUGGAAUCUUAAGUACAAAACUGAUUCAGUUAUGGAUGGCUACCAUUUUUGGUGAUGAUGUCAAUCACAUCACUCUCAUCUUUUCGGUCCUGUACCUCAUCUUUUAUGUUUGUGAGCUAGUUGGGAUGUCUGGAAUAUUUACUCUGGCUAUCAUCGGACUUUUUCUAAAUUCUACAAGUUUUAAACCAGGAGUUGAAGCAUUUCUCCUCGAAUUCUGGAAUUGUCUGUCCUUUGUUGGUUUUCUUAUGGUGUUCACUUUCAUUGGACUUCUAAUCCCUGCUCAUACAUAUUUAUAUAUAUCAUUUUCUGAUGUGUAUUAUUCAUUAAAUAUCUACUUCACACUGAUUGUUUUAAGACUUCUGGUCUUUCUGCUAAUGAGCCCCAUUUUGUCUCGACUUGGUCACGGUUUCAGCUGGCGCUGGGCAUUCAUCAUGGUGUGGAGUGAAAUGAAAGGGACACCCAACAUAAACAUGGCCCUCCUGCUCGCCUACUCGGACGUUACUCUUGGUUCUGAGAGGGAAAAAUCUCAAAUACUAUUUCAUGGAGUGUCAGUAUGCUUAAUUACCCUGAUUGUCAAUAGAUUUAUUUUGCCAAUGGCAGUUACUAAACUAGGUCUGCGUGAUGUCACAUCAACAAAAUAUAAAUCGGUUUAUUAUACAUUCCAACACUUUCAAGAGCUAACCAAAUCUACAGCCACAGCACUCAAGUUUGACAAAGAUCUCGCUAAUGCUGACUGGAACUUGGUUGAGAAGGCAAUUAUACUUCAAAAUCCAUAUGCAUUGAGCCAAGAAGAAACAACAGAGCACCAGAAGGUGAAAUGUCCAGAUUGCAAUAAGGAGAUAGAUGAGACCCUCAACAUUGAAGCAAUGGAACUGGCCAACAGGCGUCUUUUGUCGGCACAGAUAGCGAGCUACCAGCGGCAGUACAGGAAUGAGAUUCUGUCCCAGAGUGCAGUGCAGGUGUUGGUAGGCGCAGCCGGAAGCUUUGGUGAGAGGAAGGGAGAAUAUAUGAGUCCUGAGAAUAUAAAGAAUUAUUCUGAAAGCAAAAAACUCCUCUCCUUCCUCAGAAAACUAUUACUCAACUGGGUGUAUAAUACUAAAAAAGAUAAAGGGAGUCCAUCAAGAUACUAUCUUCUUUAUAUAUGCCAUAAAAUAGUCUUUAUGGAUGAAUUUGAGUACACUGGAUACCUUGCAGUAUUAAUGAACACAUAUCCUAUGAUAAUCUGUUGGAUAUCCCGCUUAAAAAACAUCUAUGAAGAAGAAAUAAAAUGUGCUAACUACUAUUUUCUUGCCUUUUAUAUUCUAGAGGCUCUCCUUAAGAUGGCAGCAAUGAGGAAGGAAUUUUUUUCACACAGCUGGCUCCUGUUUGAGCUAGGGAUUACCUUAGUGGGCAUCAUAGACGUGAUCCUGAUCGAAACAGACUCCAUUAGUUACACUUUUGACCUAACUGAGACUGUGGUCUUCAUGAACGUGAUUCGACUCCUUCGUACACUGCGCAUCUUGAAGCUCAUAACACCAAAACUGCUGCAAAUAAUAGACAAAGGGAUGAGCCAUCAGAUCUCUUUUCGGUAUGCUAUACUGAAAGGCUAUGUCCAAGGGGAGAUGGAUGUCCUGAAUAUAAUCGACCAGAUUGCAAGUUCCAAACAGGCUAAACAGAUAUUGUUAAAGCGGGUAACGAGGAAUAUGGAACAUGCUAUGAAAGAGCUAGGUUACUUAGAGUACGAUCAUCCAGAAAUUGCUGUCACUAUGAAAACCAAGGAGGAGAUUAAUGUCAUGCUCAAUAUGGCUAAAGAAAUUGUCAAGGCUUUCAGGUCUGAAGGAAUUAUACAUAAAAUGGAAGGUACUGAAAUCAAUAAGUUAAUCAUGGCCAAAAAGAUUGAGGUGCAUGAUCUACAGUCCGUUAAACAGCCACUCAAUAUUGAAGAAUCCCCAGACUAUGUCCCGUGGCUUAGUAAAGAUCCUGUAUCCAUAAGCUUUAUUCAGGAAAAAGCAAAAAUUGUAACAUUUGACUGUGGAAAUAACAUAUUUGAAGAAGGUGAUGAGCCAGAAGGAAUCUAUGUAAUUAUUUCAGGCAUGGUCAAGCUUAAAAGGUCAAAGCCACAGCAGGAGAUGGAAAGAGUGCCCUCAGAAUCAGAGGUCAAGACGCAUCCAGCCCUUCACACAGAGUAUUUGCUCAGUGGGGAGAUAAUAGGAGAGUUAAACUGCUUGACUAAAGAGCCAAUGCAGUAUUCUGCCACGUGUAAAACUGUCGUGGAGACAUAUUUUAUUCCCAUUAGCCACUUGUAUGAAGGCUUUGAAAGAAAAUGUCCUAACAUUAAAUAUAAUAUAUGGCACAAAAUCGGACUUGCCAUUACUGCCCAAAAGAUCCGGGAACACUUAUCUUUUGAGGACUGGAACUAUAAGAUGCAGUUGAAACUCUGCAAUGUCUUCAUCAGGGAUAUACCCAAGACCACGAAAACCGACAUCUACGAUGAAACCGUAACCCAUGUGGUCCUCAUCCAUGGAGCUGCGGAAGACUGCCAGUUGCGAAAAAUUUAUAAGGCACCCUUCCUAAUUCCUGUGACAUGCUACCAGAUACAAGGCAUUGAAGACUUCACCAAAGUGAUGAUCAUUCAAACUUCAGUCGCUAUAAGAAAAUUCCGGUGGAACGUAAGAAAGUACAUCCCACCUCGUAAAGUCUCUGUCAAGCCAGAUCUUAAAAGCGAAUCACUUGAAACAAUGGAUGAUGAAAGCUUUGAAGAUGAGAGGAAUGCUCAGGAAGAGACACAAGAAAAUGAUGAAUUGUUGGAAGAGAAUAUUAACAUCUAA